AAUCAAUACCAAACACCUACAAAUUAAAACACUCUCCCUUAUCCCUUCCUUUCAUCUAAAGUCUGUUCCUAACUUCCCAACCAAAAAUGGCAUCUUCAUCACUUACCUCCAUAUCUUCCCCUUUCCUUCAAACUGAAUUUUCAUUAAAAAGAACUACAAAACCCCACACUCGCUGCUCUAUAUCCAAAUGCCCUUUCACUCCACUUUCAGUUGCUCCAUUAAAAGCAUCUGGAUCCAACACUGACAAUACUCCUAUAACAUCUUCCGUCUCAGUGUCCGACACAAAUACAACUGAAAUAUCAACUUCGAUAUCUGACACCAACACUGACACUGAGACUACACCAUCCUCAGGUCCACAAGAACCAUUACCCCAAUUGGAAACACCAAAAAACCUCCCACUCCGUAGAAUUCCCGGAGAUUAUGGCCUCCCUUUUGUAGGACCUAUCAAAGACCGUCUAGACUAUUUCUACAACGAAGGUCGCGACAAAUUCUUCCGAACCCGGAUCAACAAAUACAAAUCAACCGUUUUUCGCGCCAAUAUGCCACCUGGCCCUUUCAUUUCAUCUAACCCAAACGUCAUCGUUUUACUCGACGCUAAAUCCUUCCCCAUUCUCUUCGACGUUUCCAAAGUAGAAAAACGAGACCUCUUCACCGGAACUUUCAUGCCUUCCACAGAACUCACGGGCGGUUACCGAAUCCUCUCUUACCUCGACCCCUCCGAACCAAAACACGAACAACUCAAACGCUUUCUCUUUUUCCUCCUCAAAUCUCGAAGCAGCCAUUUCAUCCCCGAGUUUCGUUCAUCUUACUCAAAACUCUUCGACACCUUAGAGAAAGAUCUUGAAAACACCGCAAAAGCGGUUUUCGCUGAUGCUAACGAUCAAGAAGCUUUUAACUACCUUUCAAAAGCCUUCUACGGAGUUAACCCUUCCGAAACAAGUCUUAAAACCGAAGGUCCAAGCAUAGUAACGAAAUGGACUCUGCUUCAACUCGGUCCAAUUCUCACAUUAGGUCUUCCAAAGUGCAUUGAAGAACCACUUCUUCACACGGUUCGUCUUCCACCGGCUUUGGUGAAGAAGGAUUACCAGAGACUCUAUGAUUUUUUCUACGAAGCUUCUUCCGGACCGAUCUUAGAUGAAGCGGUUCGGCUCGGAGUUUCUAAAGAAGAAGCGGUUCACAAUCUUAUAUUUGCAACUUGUUUUAACACUUUUGGUGGAAUGAAGAUUUUGUUUCCGAAUAUGUUGAAGUGGAUCGGACGAGCGGGGGUUAAUCUUCACGCGAAGUUAGCGAAAGAGAUUAGAUCAGUUGUUAAAUCGAAUGGCGGGAAAGUGACUAUGGCUGCAUUGGAGCAAAUGCCGUUGAUGAAGUCAGUGGUUUAUGAAUCAUUUAGAAUUGAGCCGCCGGUGCCGUUGCAAUACGGGAAAGCGAAACAUGAUUUUGUGAUAGAGAAUCACGAGAACGCGUUUCAAGUGAAGGAAGGUGAAAUGUUGUUUGGUUUUCAGCCGUUUGCGACUAAUGAUCCUAAGAUAUUUGAUAGGGCUGAUGAGUUUGUUGCGGAUAGGUUUAUUGGUGAGGAGGGAGAGAAGUUGUUGAAGUAUGUGCUUUGGUCGAAUGGUCCAGAAUCGGAACAACCGACGGUUGGGAAUAAGCAGUGUGCUGGGAAGGAUUUUGUUGUGUUGUUUUCUAGGCUUUUGGUGGUGGAGUUGUUUCUGAGAUAUGAUACUUUUGGUAUUCAAGUUGAGAAGGCGCCGAUAGGAUCUGCUAUUACCUUUACUUCUCUUAAGAGAGCAACCUAUUAGUUUAGUUUUGUUGGGGUUAUAUAUGUUUUCAUGCAUGAUGGAUGUUGUUUUGUCUUUUUGGUUUUGAAUGGAAUCUAUGAAGAUGAACUGGUCAUGUAUAGUUCACUUUUACUCCUUAUAAGUAUUAAUGUAUUUUUUCGAAAAGGAAUUAUUAC